AUGAAGUCUUUAUUAUUUAUUUCCCUCCCUCUGUUCCUUGCUGGCUUAGGAACAGCUAGUAAACAUGCUACAAAAUCUUACACUGGUGAUCUACCUACCUAUACAGCAAUUCCCCAAUCCAAAGGACUUCCACCCGCCCAUGGUUUUACUAAAGGAAUUCCACCAAUCCAAGAAUUAUCCAAAGGACUUCCACCCUCACCAGUCCAUGAAUUAACCAAAGGGCUUCCACCAAAAGACGAUGUAUCAACUGCCAAAGGCGCAGCUCCACCCGUUCCAACAAACCCCAUCGACGCGAUAGGAUCAUUAACACCAGAAUGUCAAGCUGCUUUAUUUAGCAUCGUAGCAAACCCAGAAUUCUUUAAAUGCGUACCAAUUGCGGCGCUUUUACCAUUGGUACCGAUUCUAACCGAUCCAACCGCCCUUCCAACAUUGUUAAAAGAUCCAGCUAAAAAUCUACCUCCAUUACUUGGACCAGUAUUUGACGGUAUUUGUGCUGCACCUAAAUGUUCUGACGAAGGUGUUGCCACAUCUCUUAAAGCCUUAGAUGACGGCUGUCAGGCUGAUGAGAAGAAUUUACUUAUAGAAAUCGCAACUG